GUCUUUAAAGGGGAAUUUCAGCUCCCAGAUUUCCUAAAAGAGCAAUCACAGAUGCAGAAGUCUGGAGAGAAASCUAACCUGAGUUAGGAGCAGAGGGAGUGCUGACACCACAGCACACAGGCUUCAGUGGAUGUGCUGACCUCAUCACAACACAGGAUCAGCUGUGCUGCUCUCACUACUUGUUUUCACAAGAACUCCCAGAGUCUGGUGGUUUUCACCAAAUGUCUGCUGAUUGUCUUUUGUCUCAUUAAACUCAUCGACUUUAAAGAAUGAUGGCUGUUCAGGAAGAAACUGUGAUUCUGUUGUAAGAAACUACAGUCAACUGAAAUCAAAAACAAUAUUUAUGAAUGAAGGGUGAGAUAUUAGAAGAUGCAAUACCUAUUUUAAGGUUUUUGUUAUAUUUUUGCUUUUGUAUUGUGCAGUUUCAUGGGUACUGAUGAGUUUGAUGUAUCAACUGUGAUAAACAAUGCUUUUAAAAAACAA